AUGAUUGUCAAAUCAUCCCUCCUGUUGCUAGGUGCGGCUUCGGCCGUCGCCAACCAAAUCCCGCUCGGCGACAGCUCAGUAUGCCUGUCCUCCGCUACUCCCAAUGACUGCUGUACCAGUGGAGCGCCCACUAGCGAGGUGGCAAUUGACAAUCGCACCUUCAAGGUCACUUGCGGUUCGGCCUUGGUCUCCCUCAAUCCCAAGAAAGCCCAAAAGGUCAGCAAUGCCCACGAGUGUGUAUCACUCUGUGCAGACGACGUGUCUUGUGAAGCAUCAUCUUUCAAAGCACACGGCAAGGCACCUCGUGGCAAUAACUGUUUCUUUGUCCUGGGAGACAACCUGGACCAGAAGUCCGAUGGAGAGUGGAUUACCUUCACGGAAGUAUUCCCAUCCUGUUUGGAGUCGGAUGACCGCAACGCCUGCUGCUCUGUACCAGAAAAACAAGAAGACGAGGUCUUGAUUGACAAUACCCGUUGGAAAUGGACCUGCAAGUCUAUCCUGAGUUCCCUCAACAGGCAGAGUAGACCGGCGGCCAAUGCUCUCCAGUGUGCUUCGCUCUGCGCGUCGGAGGGCUGCGAGGCAAUUUCGUUCCGAACACUGGGCGAUCACAAAUCUGGCAACUGCUUCUUCGCCUUGGGCAGCAACAAGGAUCAGCAACAGGCGCCCAAAUUCCUGUCACUCGUUAAAAUCGAGGAUGACAACAUCGACCCCCCAAGCCCUGAACCAGAGUGCGGAACGUGUGUUGAGGAGAAGGAGCAAUGCAUUCAGGAUAAGAAGGAGUGCAACAAUAAAAAUGACACCUGUAAAGACGACCUACAGCAAGCCGAGCAUAAGCUCGAAAUGUGCCAAAAAAGCCAGGUAGACCCUGCAAAAUUGGCGCAAUGCGAAGCUGACAAUCUGACGUCCCAAAAAGCCGAAGAGGACUGCCGUCGACACUCCGGUGAAGUUGAAGAGAAGAAGAGACAAUGCCGUGUGGAGCAACAGAAGUGUGAAGAAGAGAAGGGCGACCUCAGCAUUCAGAAACAGCAGUGCGAGAACGACAAGAACAAGCUGAAGAUGGAACUCACCAAGAAAGAUGAUGAGAUCACCGCACUCAAUUCGGAGAUCACAUCGCUGAACGGCAAGCUAGACUCGCUUCAGCAGUCGUAUAACGCUCUUAAUAUCAAUUGCAAUGGAGAAGGCCCUAAUGGAAAAUGUCGCACAACCCUUUUCGACGCCGAUCACUGCAUCACAGAGCCUCGCGACGAUCAAUGCAUUAUAGCUGCUGGAAAUGAGAAAUUCAAAAUUCACUACGCUAAGCUCGAUGACCCCGGUCCGGCGGACUUGGGAACUGGAAGGGCGAACUCUUUCAAAGACUGCGCCGAGAAAUGCGCGAACUACAAGGGUGCUAAGAAGUGCGUGCGAUUCAUGUGGAAAGCAGACGGCAGUGACAGGGCCUGUUACAUGCGAUCUACCGGACUAGGCUUGGUCCCCACCAAGUCGUCGCCAUUCAGUUCCGGGCAGCUCCUCUAG